GGAUCGUGACGGAUGGCACCACUCGGCACUACUUCCACCGCCCGUCGCGUGCCUAUGCCAUGGGGCUGCGCAAGAGACGAAAGAUCUUCUCAGAUCGCCCCUCCGCUGCCGCUUUGCCGCCCGGCACUGUGGGGGGGGCGGAUGCGGGUGGAGGACGGGAGGAGUGCGGGUACAGAUGGCACAAGACAGGGAAGACUCGCCCCGUGUUUGCUCGGAACAGAAAGCAGAUCGGUUGGAAGAAGAUUCUGGUGCUGUAUGAGACGCGGGCGCAGAGGGGCAAGAAGCGGGGGGCGGACGAGCGGAGCAGCCCUGCAGGGGGCAGCGGGAAGGACAGGAAGACGAACUGGAUCAUGCACCAGUACCACGUGGGGGAGCAGGGCGAGGAGAAGGAGGGCGAGUGGGUGGUGUCGAAGGUGUUCUUCCAGAUUCAGCAGAGGCAGAGUUCAGGCGAGAGCAGGAAGCAGGGAGGGGUCACUGCCCCCUUGUUUGACAUUAUCCAGCAGAGGCAGAGUUCAGGCACGCGAGCAGGCAGCAGGGAGGGGUCUCUGCCCCCCCUUGGCCAAGGGGCAGACGAGGAGGAGUGUGGGGGAGAGGGGAGAGAGGACAUUGAAGCAGUAGGGGAAGGGGAGGGUGGAGGGGCAGAGGAGGAGGAAGGGGAGGAGGAGGAGGCGGUGGAUGAUAUCGAGGAUGUUAAUGACGAGGAUGGGGAUGGGGAUGGGAGUAUGGCAGGGACGCCUAGAGCAGCUGUGGCAGGGAGAGGAGGAGGGUUGGUCUCAGGGGCAGGAGGUGCGUUUGUAGCGGCAGGAGGUUCGGUUGUUACAGCAGGAGGCUCUGUUGGAGCAGCAGGAGGCUCGGCUGUAACGGCGGGAAGGAGAGGAAGGGGAGGGCGGGGAGGCAGGGGAGUAAGCCAGGGUGGUCGGGGGGGGUCUAGAGGGGGUAGGGCCGCAAAGGGGGGGGUAUUGGCAACGAGGGGCACGUUUCAAGCAUCGCAGCCAUCACCCACGUCAGCCGCCGCUGCCUCGUUUGGUGCGGCGUUUUUGCCACCAGGGCACCACCCACCACCCUUACUCCCUGCAGCUUCUCCUGUUUCCACAGCAGUAGGUGCUGCUUCAGGUGCUAUUUCAGGUGCUUUCUCAGGUGCUGAUCUGAUAACCGCAGCAGAAGCAGCGGCAGCAGGGGCAGCAGGCGCAUUAGCAGGGCCUGCUCGUCUGCUCUCCUUCCACAACCAAGCACCCCCCUGUGAGGUCCAGCAGGGGGCUUCAUUAGGCACAGCAGGACCACCAAACACUGGCGUUCCUGGUAUAGGGUUCACUCCUUUCAGUAGGAAAGGUGGUGCUGCUGGUGGUGGUGGCGGUGGUGGUUCUGUUCGUGCUCGUACUGGUGGUGUGACAGCAGGUGAAAUCACCAGCAUCACCAGCAACAGCAGCGGCAGUGGGCAUGGCAGUGGCGGCGCUGGGGCAAUGUUCCUUUCUCCUCCUCCUAACACCCAGAGACGGGUGGGGCUUGGCGGUUUCAAACCCCUUGACACUGGUACUGCUGGUGCUGGCGCUUCUGCUGCUGGUGGUGGUGGCAGUGCUGCUGAGCCUGUCACUCCAAGCAGCACUGCCAUGCCUGUUCCCAUCACGCCCCCCUCCGCGCACUCUGCCUCGGGUCUUGUGGCGUUGAAACCGCCUGGCUGGGGUGGAGAAGCAGGGCGGCUGGUCCCAUGCCAACUGCAGCAACAGCAGCAGGAGCAGCAGCAGCAGCAGCAACAGCAGGGUAACCAUGCCGCUACAACUACCCCCAGAACUGAAGCUGCUACAGCUGCAGAGUUAGUGGGCAGUGCAGGAGUAAGUGACCUGAGGGCGUAUGAGCAGUCGCUGGGAGACAGUGCCUCAGAUAUCGGCUCAUACCCACACUCACAGGAGCCUCUUUCUCUCCCGCCACAGGCAUCGAUACAAGCAGCUCCCCUUGCCAUGCGACCCGCUGCUGCUGCCAGCCUGCCUGCCACUGCUCUAAGGCAAUACCUGGCUCAGAAGCAGCAGAGGCAGCAGGGGGGAGGGUACCAGCAGGCUAAUGAGACAGGGAAUUACCUGCAGCAACAGCAGCAGCAGACAGGGAAGAACGAGCACACUGAUAACUCUCCCAAGAAAACUGACAAUGGGACUCUAGCAGGAAGGAUUGCAGCAGAAGGGACUGUAGCAGGAGGGGCUGUAGCCGUGGGUGUGACUGUACCUGAUGCAGCUACAGCCGAUGCAGUGGCUGUAGCAGCGCCGGCAACGCCCCGAGUGCCCUCGUCUGCUGACGUGGCAGCCAGUGCUGCGAGCUCAGGGAACAUGGAAGGGGGCUGCGCAGAGGGAGGUACUGGUGUGGGUGGUGGUAGCGCCACACACAUUAACGCAGUGAGCAGUGAUGGGGGUCGGAGAGGGGGAGAUGUGGAGGGUACAGGGGCGGAAGGUAAAAGCCUUUGGAAGCCUGCCCCUAGGAGAUUCUCCCCCCCUGCUGCUGCCAGGGGAGCUUCCCCCAAUAGAGCACCUUCCCUCCUCGCUCCCUUCGCUGCCCCCGUCACAAGAGCCUGUGGGAUGGAUGGGGAGGGGGAAGGGGGGUUAGGCGGGAUGGGGGCAAUGCGAGAAAUGGAGGCAAUGGGGGAGAUGGGGGAGAAAGGAGGGGAGCAGAGUGGGGGGGAAUCAGAGGAGCCAAUUCAAGAAACACAAGUGGAGGCAGAGGAGGUGGGUGGUCGAGGGGGGCAUGUGGGAAAUGAGGAGCAACAGGGGGAGCUGCAGCAACGGUUGCAAAAAGAGCAACACCAGAAGAGCACCGGUGGUAGUGCCGACAGCGGAAACGGCAGCAGCAGCGAGGCGAAGGAUUCGUCACCAUUGGAUCUUCUGAUGCUUGCCCUUUAUCCUUCUGCUGUUCCCACCACUGGUGCAGCCGCCAACAACAUUCCACCCAUGGCAUCAGCCAAUGUUGUUGUUCCAGCUGAAAGGGGGGAUACGAGCAGAGCAGAGACAGCCACAGCGCUUGGGAGUGCGGCAGGCAUGGGGGGUCCUAGGGAGGGUUUAUGCGGGACGGGUGGGGGAGAAGUGGCUGGGGCAGGGGAACGUGUGGUGGUAGGCAGUUGUGGGGUUGCAGCUGGGGCUGUGGGCGAGUGUGGUGCUAUGCCUGGUGUGGUUGGGAGCGGUGCACUUGGUGCUGCAUUUUGGAUCGGCAGCAGUGGUCCGGGCAUGAGCAACGGCACGUGGGGCGAGUGGAUGGGGCCUGCCAGUCGCACCAAGUUCGCACGCAUCGCAAACUCAUCGCCGUACCUUCGUCUGCAUCCCUUUCCUCACACGGCUCACCUGCUUCCUGCUUCCUCCCCUCAACUACAUUUCCUCUCCACGAUUGAUCUCGCGGCCCAAGUUCCGUCACAACCGUAUGCGGUCGUGGGGUCGCAGUACUGCUUACCGUACGAGACUGUGCUUGUAAUGAAGGAAAAGAUGUUCUCGUUGAGCGAAGCGAAGAAGGUCAAAGAUACAAACGGGAAUCUGCACUUCAAAGUCGCAAACAGACUGCUAUCCAUUCACAACAAGACGGAAAUUCAGGACGCCAGAGGAGCACCCGUGUGCAUGCUAGUAGGGAAGGUGUUAACUCUGCACAACACCACCUACCUCUGCCCGGGGAGCAGCACAGAAACCGACGGUCACUUGCUUAGAGCCAGGAGGCCUUACAUCACCUUUCAACCUGUUAUUGAGGUGUUUUUACGGGGCAAUGUAACAAAAAACCCAGACAUUUACCUCACUGGCUCCAUUUUCCAGCAUAACUUCAAGAUCGUCACCUGCAACAACAUGCUAUUGGCCGAAGUGAACCGUGACAUGUGCACUGCUCGUGACCUUGUCUUCGGGGCCCAAACAUACUUCGUGCGAAUCUUGCCGAAUGUGGACAUGGCGUUAGUUCUGGCUCUGGUUACUCUGGCAGACACCAUGUAUGUUAAUAGAGAAGGGUCUGGCAUAAGCAUUGAGUUAGUUUGA